AUGUCGUCUGAUCCAGGAACAUCUCAUCGAAAGCGCCGGCGCUCGACAUCGCAAGGUCCCCUUGAUCCAUCGUCGCCAUGGCCCGAUUCAGGUGCGAGUGAGUCCGGACAGGGUGACCGGGCAUCUGUUACAGCGGCUUCGAGCAUGCCGACGUCAUCGCCACCUGGCGCUUUGUCAGACUUUACGGACGAUAUGGAUUCACACAGUAUGCUGGACCAGGUUGAUGACGACCCGGACGACCUUGUGAAUGGUGCAGAGAACGAAGACGAUGGUGAAGACCUAUUCGACGACACCAUGAUGGCUGACUAUCGAGCGAAUCCUGAACUUGACACGUAUGAGGCGGUGGGAUUGGAUGAGGCUGAUUUCGAGCACAUGGAUGCGACGACGCGGCAACUAGCCGAGCUGCGCAUGGCACGACGUGAUCGUGCGGAAGGUGUGGGGCGCAUGAGUCGACGGGCGCCCGUGUUCUUGCAAAGUGAUGACGAGAGUGAGGACGAUGUGCUGCGGCAGCGCCGACGUCGACGACAUUAUGACGAAGUGCAGGAAGAAGAUGCAGCCGAAGUUGACGAAUUGCCGAUCGAACAGCUGAGUGACAUCAAGGCGGAUAGCAUAGCCAGCUGGGUUGCGACGGAAAAUGUGCGCCGGACGAUUGUGCGUGAGUUUCGCAACUUUCUCGUGACGUAUGUCGAUGAACAGGGCGUGAGUGUGUACGGUCAACGGAUUAAGACGCUCGGUGAGAUGAACCUUGAGUCACUCGAGGUCUCGUUUCUGCAUCUUGUUGACGCCAAGGCGAUCCUCGCGUUUUUUCUUGCGAAUUCGCCGGCCAGCAUUCUGCCGAUUUUUGACGAGGUCGCGUUCGACGUGAUUUGCUUGUACUACCCGUCCUACGACCGGAUCCACCCGGAAAUCCACGUCCGCAUUGCAGAUUUACCAACGUCUUCCACUCUGCGCGAUCUUCGACAAAGUCAUUUGAACUCGCUUGUACGUGUAAGUGGCGUAGUGACGCGGCGAAGCGGCGUGUUUCCGCAGCUCAAGUACGUCAAGUUUGACUGUCUGAGCUGUGGCGAGGUGCUAGGCCCGUUCUGGCAAGACUCGAAUCAAGAGGUCAAGAUCAGCUACUGCUCGAACUGCUCACGACGCGGGCCGUUCCGCGUGAACAGCGAACAGACGGUGUAUCGCAACUACCAAAAAAUGACAUUGCAAGAGUCGCCGGGUAGUGUGCCGCCUGGCCGUUUGCCUCGCCACAGAGAAGUGAUUCUUUUGUGGGACUUGGUCGACAGUGUAAAGCCUGGUGAAGAAGUCGAAGUUACUGGCAUCUACCGGAACAAUUUUGAUGCUGCGCUCAAUACGCGGCAUGGUUUCCCUGUGUUUGCUACCGUGCUGGAGGCGAACCAUAUUGCGAAGCGCGAUGACGCGUAUGCGGCAUUCCGGCUCACGGAAGAUGACGAGCAAGAGAUCCGUGCAUUGGCGCGUGACGAUCGCAUUGGGAAACGCAUCAUCAAAAGCAUAGCACCUAGCAUCUAUGGCCACCAGGGAAUCAAAACGGCCAUUGCGCUGAGCCUGUUUGGCGGAGUGUCGAAGGACGUUGGUGGCAAGCAUCGCAUCCGUGGGGACAUCAAUGUGCUCUUGCUCGGUGAUCCAGGCACUGCCAAGUCGCAGUUCCUCAAGUACGUGGAGAAGACUGCGAACCGUGCUGUGUUUGCGACGGGCCAGGGCGCCUCGGCUGUUGGUCUUACGGCAGGUGUACGCCGUGAUCCAGUGACGCGCGAGUGGACUCUGGAAGGCGGCGCGCUGGUACUGGCGGACAAGGGCGUGUGUCUCAUUGACGAGUUCGACAAGAUGAACGAUGCCGAUCGCACAUCAAUCCACGAGGCUAUGGAGCAACAGAGCAUCUCUAUAUCGAAAGCGGGCAUCGUUGCGACGUUGCAAGCACGCUGCGCGAUUAUUGCCGCAGCCAAUCCAGUACGUGGCCGCUACAAUCCAACGAUUCCAUUCAGUCAGAACGUGGAGCUGACGGAGCCGAUCCUCAGUCGAUUUGACGUCUUGUGCGUUGUCAAAGACAUUGUUGAUCCCGUCCAGGAUGAGAUGCUUGCGCGCUUCGUCGUGAGCUCCCACCUACGUGCACAUCCCCUCUUUGAUGAAGAUGUCGACGAGACACGCGCUGCCACAUCCAUGGAUGCCGAUAUCAUUCCCCAGGACUUGCUCCGCAAGUAUAUCACAUACGCGCGUGAUCACGUUCGUCCGCGACUCGAUACGCUUGACCAGGAGCGUCUAUCGCGUCUGUAUGCAGACUUGCGCCGAGAGAGUCUGAAUACUGGCUCCUAUCCCAUUACCGUACGGCAUUUAGAGAGCAUGAUUCGUAUGGCCGAGGCGAGUGCUAAGAUGCAUUUGCGUGAUUAUGUGCGAGCUGAUGAUAUCGAUGUGGCGAUCCGCACAACUGUCGAGAGCUUCGUUCAGGCACAGAAGAUCAGCAUUAAGCGCACGCUAGAGCGAGGCUUUCGCAAGUACAUCCACCAGGCUCGAGAUCAUGACGAGCUCCUGGCGUUCCUGCUGGGUGGCAUUGUCAAGGACAAGAUGCGCUUUACACACUAUCGACAUCACCAUGCUAUGAGGUCGGAGACCGGACCGACAGUCAUUUCCGUUCCACUCGCUGAGCUAGAAGCGCGUGCCAAGAGUGUGGAAAUCUAUGAUGUGAGGCCGUUCAUGCUGAGCCGCGUGUUCCGUACGAAUGGUUACCAGUGGAACGAGGCUCUCGGAACCAUUACAAAGCAGUUCGGCACAACAGCAGCCUAA